GAGAAGGGAGGAGAGGAAGAAAAGGAGAAAAAACGAAAGAAGACGGGUCAAAAUAAGAUAAGACAGAAGACUUCGCUAAGGCAAAAUCCAGGUGAAAGUCGAGGUAAAAGACUGAAAGCGAAGGCAUGAAGGUGUCACGAUUCAUUACAGAUAAAUAAAGCCAUUGUGGAAAGAGGAAGAGGAGUCACUAUGAAGCUGAAUGAGCGCAGUGUGGCUCACUACGCCACGUGUGACUCUCCUCCAGACAAAACCGGAUUCUUGUUUAAAAAAGGUGAGCGUAACACGGCCUAUCACCGCCGCUGGUUUGUGCUCAAGGGGAACAUGCUGUUUUACUUUGAGGAGCGGGACAGUAAAGAGCCCAUCGGGGUCAUUGUGCUGGAGGGCUGCACCGUGGAGCUCUGUGAGUCUGCGGAGGAAUUUGCCUUCGCCAUAAAAUUCGACUGUGCCAAAGCUCGAAUCUACAAGAUGGCAGCGGAGAACCAGGUUGCCAUGGAGUCGUGGGUGAAGGCGCUGUCCAGGGCCAGCUUUGACUACAUGCGGCUGGUGGUGAAGGAGCUGGAGAGGCAGCUGGAAGAGGUCCAGGAGGCCCAGGGGGGCAUGGCCUGUAAACCCAAGUCCAUCAGAAAGAACCAGGCUCUGCGCUCCAGGUCAGGUGCCUCCUCAUCAUCCUCCUCUUCCUCUUCUCUCUCCUCCGCCUCCAGUGCUACGGCCUCUGCCCCAAAGGGUGCCCAGGACGAGCCCCCGUGCAGGGAGAACGGAGUGGCCUGGACCAGAGGUUCUGUCGCUGUGUCUAACGGGUCCAUAGAGGGGACAUCGUCCUGCGCGUCCUGGGACGGCAGUGAGGACUCUGGGAUUCACAUGAGCGCAGGGGCAGACGGGGUGAGAGCGCCCCCUGUGCCCCCUCGGAGGAGAGGCGCUUCACUGGAGAGCCCCUUCUCCCCCGGGACGGGCUGCUUCUCAAAGCUCCAUGACUGGUACGGCAAAGAGGUGCAGGAGCUGAGGGCAGAGUGGUUAGAGAGCCAGUAACAGCACUGUGUCACUUUAUGUGUGCUAUUAUCAUUACUAUCAUUCCAACACAGACAUUCUGCCCCUCUGAACAUCAGUGAAGGGAAAGAUCUGAAUGUGAGACCUCUAUUGUGCCAAUUAUUAUUUUUGAUUCUGUUUUUCUAUGUUACAAAGAAUCAGUGAACCUGUGUCUUUACCAAGUUAUAAUCAGACAUUCUAAGGAGCAAAAGUCAAGAGCUAAUAUUCAGUCACUGUCACAUUCCCAAGUUUUUAUUUGUAUUUUUAGUUGGUAAUAUUUCCAACACGAUACAAUCAGACCAAUCGUGAACUCUUCAAGUGGUUUUGUAUUUGUGCUGUGGAAAUCCAACACAAUUCAACCAGACUUCAUUACUGGACCAACACUGACCACUGCAAAUCUAUAGUCAUAGAUCUCUGUGGUAUCUUCGUUUGAGCUUUUGUGUUCUAUUUGCAUUUUUGUACUUUUAUACUAUUCCAACGUUACUUUAAAAGCGCACUAAGCAACUUUUCUAGCGGAGGGCCCACUAUCUGCCUGUCUCCAUGGAGAUGUUAUUACUUUGCCUGGAAUGAUCUGCAGUAUGGCAUUAAACAUAUCUAAUCUAAACUGAUCUCUCCUGGUCAGGCCAAGUUACAGGUCAGUAUGUCCCAAAUCAAAACACUCGUAAUGAAACGGAUGCACUAUGGAUACGUUUAAUGCCAUAUUGCAGAAUAUUCCUUCAUCUCCAUGGAGACAAUAAAAAGACAAGACAAGAAAAGUUCCAUAUCUGCAUCUGUAACAUUACGAUUAUGGAGGAAAAAUGACCAAGUUAUAACAUGUUUUGACAGAACACCAAUGAGAGAAUGGGAGAAAAACUCAAAAGACUGCAGUUAUUUAGGUAAUAAAAUAUAGCAGUAACAGUUUUAUUGAAACAUAUUUGGAAAUACAUGGGAUUCUUGAAUUAGUUUAACAGUUCAUAUUUCAUUUAAAGAUCAACUGAUAUAUUGAGCCGAUAUUUGGCCUUUUUAAGUGCAUGUAUUCCAACAGUGUUUUUUGACAGAUUUGUGUUUUCAUUGAAUUAUUAACAGAAAUAGAGUUUUUCCUUUUACUAUGAAUAAGAAACACUCAUUUGUCAGUCAUCCGUGCCAACAGAGAUUUAAUUGUGUACAUGUGAUUCACAUUUUUAUGUUUUUUCUAUCUUGAGUCUUGUUUAUCCAAGCUUAGGGCUAUCGCCUUAAAUCUCUAGCACAAGCCGAUAUUUUGUUUUGGCUGAUUUGCAGCCUAAAAGCACACAUAAAGAUUUAAUACACAGAGAUAGCUGCGCAAAAAAAAGGAGUUUGGAGGAGUUUUCAGAAAAUUUAAAUUACAUCAUUUGGGAAAAAUUAUGAAAAUCGGCCCAAAAUAUCGGCCCCAAAAAUAUCAGUAGAACUUGCUCUGAAUUCCAAUCAACCGUUAUCAGCUAUGAAAAACCCAAAAUGGUCCAUCUCUAAUUUCAAUCCUCUCACAAAUAUUAAUGCUUCUGGAGUUGUAGUUUCACUCUGAGCAGAAUCCUACUUUUUGAACUUUUUUUUUAAGUGCCCGAAUGUAUGCAGCCCUAGUUGAAAGUGUCCACCUUCCCCCUUUAUAUAGAGGAUUCUGCCAGCUCUGAGUGGAACCAGUCUGGGUCGUGAACAUAAGACCCCAAUGCCUCCCCAGACACUUUGCAGCAGAGGUUGUGUAAUUGCUAAUGCCCGAGAAUGCCCCAAAGACCCUGGGUGACUGUGGUGAAAGCACUGUGUCUCACCCUGAGGCAGUUGUGGAGGUAUUUUUAGCCCCCGUUGGCCAUUAGCUGUUAGCCAGACAUUCUCCAUUCUCACUGAAGAGCCCCCACUGCCCUGGAACUUGUAGCAUUUGACACCCAUUUUGUACCUCUUUUAUAAAGUCAUUUUGUUACAUUACUUCCUGUUCAUGGGAGACAUUUUGAGUGCUUUUCCCCAUUCAGAAACUGUAAUAUUUUGUUUAAAUUGUUAAUUGCCAUGGCAACAGUUCUAAUUUUUCAUCAUUUCUGUUCAUAGCUGACAUUUUGAGUACUUUUCCCCAUUGAAAAGAAGAUAAUUGGUUUUGAAUUAUUAAUUUCUAUGGCAACAGUACUUUUUCCAAGUCAUUUGUAUUAACAAGUCAAAACAAAAUAUUAUAUUUUGAGAAUGGCACCGUAGAACAGGAUUCUGAAACUCAUGAAUAUGUGAUAUUUUGAGAUAAUUAGUUUUGAAUUGUUAAUUUCAAUGGCAACAGUGCUAAUAUCAUUUUUUAUCACAGUGAAACCUAUUGUGGGGAUAUGUGAUAUUAACUAAAUUAUAAUUUUUUUAAUUUUUGUUAUUCCUCCUGAUAACAAUUAGGUGAUUCGUAUUUGACGAAUCACCUAGUACCUUUUUGUACCUUGAUGAGUAUUUUUAGCCCAUUAGCCGUUAGCCAGAUGAUGCUUUGUCACAAAACACUUCAGUUCUCCAUUCUCACUUAGGAGUCCCCUCCCCUGGAAUUUGUAGCAUUUAACACCCAUUUUGCACCUUUUUUUCCCCAAGUCAUACUCAUGGGUAACAGCUUCCUGUUUUUAGGUGACAUUUUGACAACUUUUUCUCAUUCAAAUUAUAUAACACAUAAUAAAAUAACCCAUAGAUUGUUUAAUGUUAAAUAAUAAGCUAAAUUUUGAGUACUUUCCCCAUUCAAAGGCUAUAAUAUUUGGUUUUAAAUCUUUAAUUGCUAUGGCAACAGGUUCUAAUUUUCUUCAUUCUGAAACCCAUGAAUAGCUUGAUAUUCAUGUGUUUCAGCUUCCUGUUUACAGGUGAGAUUUUGAGUACUUCUUCCCAUUCAAAAGAUCUAAUAUUUUGAUUAAAAUUGUUAAUUGCUAUAGCAACGGUUCUAAUUGUUCUUCAUUCAGAAACCCAUGGAUAGUUUAAUAUUCAUGGCUUUCAGCUUCCCGUUUAUAGGCAACAUUUUGAGUAUUUUUUCUCCCAUUCAAAUUAUACAAUAUUUUGAUUCAAACUGUUAAUUGCAAUGGCAACGGUUCUAAUGAUUCUUCAUUCUGAAACCCAUGGAUAGAUUGAUGUUCAUGGGUUUCAGCGCCAAAUUUUGAGUACUUUUCCCCCAUUCAAAUAAGAAAAUAUUUGGCUUUAAAACUUAAAUGGCUAUGGCAACAGUGCAAAUUUAAAUUUAAAUCACACUGAAAUCCGUGAAAAGGGAUGUGUGAUAUUGCCAAAAACUAGUAUUGCUUUUAUAAACUUCUGAUAACUAUUACAUGGUAUAUAUUGUUGCAGUCUGUCCAAAAUGUACUUAAAAACCCCAGUCUUAUGUUGACCUCUAGGUUUAAUGAUGGGUUCCAGAUCAUUUAAAAAUGAACAGUUUUUGAUACAAACAAUUUUUCAUAUGUUCAAAACUACAGUUGUAUUAUGUCUUUGCAAAUGAUACUUUGCCCAUGUUUAGCUUGUUACAUCCAUAGACUGUCUCACUAUUUGGCCUUUUGGGUUACUGUUUUUAUCACAUUUUUGCGUUUGUCUUAAUAUGUUUUGACCAGAUUCACAUGAAGCCGAUAUCUUACUGUGCCUUAUAAUUUCCCUAUGCACUUUUACUGUCUAUUUUCCUCUUAUGUAUGAUGUGUUUUUCUCCAUCGUUCUACUGUUUGACAAUGGCUCAGUGUCUUCAAUCACAUUGUUGCUCAGCACUACAAUUACUGUCAAUCAUUUUACUUUUUGAAAAGAGAAUGUAAACAACUUGGUACUGAAUUCUACAAAGGUACACUAUGUAACUUUUUGUUUUCUAUAAGUUUAUUCAAUAAUAGUUCAGCUAAUAGGUAGCAUUUGUCCAUUGAUCAGAACAUUGACGGUUCGAAUCCCACUCUCUACAUAAACAUCAUUGUUAGAGCGGUCAGAUCCACUAUUCCAAAGAAGGUGGAGCAAUUCCGGUUCCCACAGAUGAAUACUGCCGUUGUGUUCUUGGGAAGACACUUAAGCCACCUCAUCCCCAGUGUCCCUGUACACUGGUGUAUGAAUGCGUGUGUGGUUCCUUGAUGUAAAGAGCUUUUACCAUCCAAGGAGAUGUUGUUGUUUUGCCAAUAUGUGAUUAAACUUGGCAAUCACCAUGGAGACAAAGUGACUCCACCAAACCAAUUUAUUUUGACAAUAAAAUCCCUGUAAUUAAAUACAUGGGAGUUGUUUUAAGUUUAUACCAUUCUGUGAUAAGAUUUUUAUGAGACAAGUAGGUGACAGAUCCUCUACAAGAAAAGUUAUACAGUGUACCUUUAAUUUAACCACAAUUGCAGCAAAGUUUGCUUUUUGACAAUUAAGCUUUCAACAACAAACGUGAGCCAAGAGAAAAUAAGGCAUUCCUAUUUAAGUGUUUCUAAGGUACUGUAUUCUUAAGCAAUCAUGUGUACUAAUGUUUAAAAUUCUCAAUAAACAUCUACAAUUCUCGUUUGU